AUGCUUGAAGGCGCAAAAAUGAAGUCGCCAGCGGAAGAUAUGUUUUUGAUGUUGUCUGUUACGUGUGUGUCGAGUGGCUUUGUUGGUACAAUUACAAAAUGA